UGAGGGUUGGUCAUGAUAUGAUAUUAUUCCGCAGUAUUUAUACCCAAAUUUCACUUAAACAGCCAUUGACAACGAAAUAGCUUUUGGGGACCGUAGUACUAAUUAGAAAAGGAGAAUCUAUACAGAUAUAAAGUGUUAUUGAAAAAGAACUGGAAAGGUGUCUCCCAUUAAGCGGAUUAUAUUUCGUGUAUUCAUUAAUCGACUGGUUGUGGUUUGGUUAGCAGGUGCUCUUUGAUAAUAACAGCAAUUUCGGUUCAAUACAGAAAAGCAGAUUGUGAUAAUAAUUGCUAAUAACUAAAACAACAAUUAAUCAAAAUGGUUGAGGGUGGCAUGAGAUGCAUCAAACUAUUGUUAUUCGUGUUUAAUUUACUGUUUGUGUUAGCAGGUAUUGGUCUGAUUGGAGCAGGAUCUUAUGUACAAAUUAAACUCACCAAUUACAAUGAUUUCCUUGGGAAUCAGUACACUGGACCCGGUAUAUUACUCAUUAUUGUUGGCGUUAUCAUUUUUGGUAUUGCCUUUUUUGGUUGCUGCGGAGCCGUCAAAGAAAAUUAUUGUCUGGUCAUGACUUUUGCUGUUCUCUUAUCUAUUAUUUUUAUUCUGGAGAUCGCUGGUGGUAUUGCGGGAUUCGUUCUUAAAGACCAGUUAGACAAAGAAGUUAAAGAUGUACUAAAUAAAAAGAUAAAAGAUUAUAAAAAGAAUGACACAGCCGCUGUAGAGGCCUUUGAUGAGCUUCAGAGAGAGUUUGAGUGCUGCGGUGUUAAAGACAAAACUGAUUGGUCAGGUAGUACUAUUCCAGCUUCUUGCUGCGUGAAAGGCACAGAAACGGGUAAUACAUGUCCAUCAGACAAGGCCUAUCCAGAGGGCUGUGAUUCUAAAUUCAUUUCAUGGAUACAAGAUAAGAUUCUCAUUAUUGGUGGAAUAGGAAUUGGUCUGGCCUUUGUACAGAUUGUUGGUAUUUGCUUCUCCUGUUGUCUAGCUCGAGCUAUCAGAAAGGAAUAUGAAGUCGUGUAAAUUCACAAGUGCCAUUUCAUCUCUGCUCAUAACUGUCUUGUCCACCUGCUUUAAUGACAAAUUUUCCGACUUUGACAACUAUCUUCAAAUAAAACAUUCACAUCUAAAAACCAAAAGCAUCUGACAGACUCAAGCAAAGUAUUUUAUAUUAUGAGAUUGUAUUUGAGAUCUUGGAUGAGUAAACAUAGAUUUAUCUUUUACAUCUCAAUAGUCUGUGAAAAUAUUAUUUUUUUUUGUCCCUUUGAACUUUUAUAUUAUGCAUAUUUAUGGACUAACCAUUUAGCCUUUUGUUUAUUGUCUUGAGUGAUGCAGAUGUCUUUGUUAUAAAUAUUUCUGAUAGAAAUUUUCACCCGCUAAUAGUGUUGGCUAGAAAUUUAUCUCCAAUAUUAAUUAAUAUUAGUUAUAAUUUUCAACAGAUGAUUUUUCUUAGAUCCCUAGUCAGAGAGUAUAAUAGAAUUAUUUAUGUAACAGUAUAAGUUAUUUAAAUAAUUACACUAUUCAUAUUGUAACAAUUAAAUUUGAUAACUCAUGCUUUUUUCAUAAUUCUCAUUUUAUCAUAUUCAUUUUGUUUACUGUCAGUGUAAAUUAUUUUUAUAAUAUCUGCAAGGCUGUUAAAUGUAUUUUUUAUUGAAGUGGCUUUCUUUUGAUAAUUAUUGCUUGUAUAAAUUUGUUACCUGUACUUAACAUUGAGUGUACGCUUUACUUAACUAAUCAAAUAGUAUCAUAUCAAAUAGUAUCUUCAACAAAGUUUUCAAAUUGGGUGAUUUUUGAUAUGAAAAUUUUUUUAAAGUGAUUUUUAUAGGGAUAUAUUUUUAUUUAUGGGAGACUAAAAGUAAUGUAGACACGGGUUUCUAAAAUGAUGGGGAAAAUGGCGGAGUGAAGAUAGGUAAUUUAUACAUGAAUAACUUGGUAGAUUAAAGAAACAUAUUUCAUGUGAAACUUAAGUUGUUUUAAGAAAAAGUUACCCAACCAUAUCAUUCUAAUGCCCUGAUAAGAGCUGGGCUCAAUUCUCGGUGAAGGCUGACUCAGGAUGUGUAAACUUACAAGUGAAGUAUUUAAUAAUCAAAUAUUAUAAAUUGUAUAAAAACAUAAUAUUAAUUCUUGUUGACAAACUGUUCUGUUCAUGUUGAUUCAUCAACAAGAAGUAAACUUAAUGGUCGAAUUAUGUCCUUUCUGAAAACACCACUAUUAAUUGUCUUUGAAAAAUGCUGUUUCAAGUGUGAAUGCUUUUUUGUGACAGUCAUUUGGCGGUUCAUUAAAUAUUGUUAUACUAUUAUAAUUACAAUAAGGCCUCGCUAUAACGGAAAAUGAUUCAUGACAGCUCAUAAAUGAAGAGUUAUAGUGAAGCCCCAUUGUAUAUACAUGAUUUAGUUGGCCUAUCCAUAAUUUUUCUGUUACAUGUGGACUACAGUGUUUCUUGCCUUGACUGAGAGAAUUAAAGGCACUACCAUGUACACAGAUGUAUGCAGUAUUUACAUUAUGGUGUUCAUUCUUAUUGUUUGGGUUAGACAUGGGUUAAGACAAUGCAAUGGUAUUGGAAAUAUUCUGUAAUGUUGUUCGUUAAAUUGAGGAUUGGCCAAAUUAAUUACAUGUACUUGGUUAAAACUGUUAAAAAUAUUCAGACAUGUAUAUUAGCCACCAUUAUUGUAUAUUGUAAUUUUUGGUGUCAUGUUGACCAAUAAACAUUCUUCUAAAGUGA